AUGGCUCAGCUUUCGCCAAGGCUACUUUCCUUUCUCUAUUGUCUUUUGAUAACAAAUUUUAUAUCUCAAGUUAGUGCAGCUAACAAUACACAAAACUUCCACUACUUCUGUGAUCAUGAUAACGAUAGAGGAGACUACACAGCCAACAGCACCUACCACACCAACCUCAACACCCUUUUGUCCACUCUCAUUUCCAAUACAGAAAUCGAUUACGGUUUCUACAAUUUCACAAAAGGCGAAAACACCGAUAAAGUUUACGCCAUUGGGCUGUGUAGAGGAGACGUUGAACCAGAGAACUGCCGCACAUGCCUGAACGGUUCCAGAGCCAAUCUCACUGAACUUUGUCCAAACCGAAAGGAAGCAAUUGGUUGGUACGAGGAUGAGAAGUGUAUGUUGCGCUACUCAGACCGCUAUAUAUUCGGCCUUAAUGAAACUGGAAAACCUACGUAUUAUGCUCAUAACGAGGACAGCCCAACGGACUUGCAUCAGUUCAAUGAAGAUGUCAACACCUUGCUGUAUAACCUAUCCCGCAGAGCUGCAUCAGGUGACUCUCGUGUUAAGUAUGCUGCAGAUAAUAUAUCAUCAGGUUCUAACGGUCCCAUAUAUGGUCUAGUUCAGUGCACACCGGACUUGGAAGAGUCAGAGUGCGCUGAUUGCUUGUCUCGGUCCAUUGAACGUAUCCCAAUGGAUUGUUGUAAAGACAGCAAAGGUGGUAGGGUUGUUAGACCCAGUUGUCAUAUGAGGUUCGAAACUUCCUAUAAGUUCUAUGGAGAUCCAGCAUUUGUACCAUCACCUCCACCUCCACCUCCAGGAAAGACCAUAACCAUCAUCGUCAUAGCUAUAGCAGUGACAGUUGUUGUAAUUGUUUCCGUUUUUGUCUACAUUCGAUUUAAGCGGAGGAAGUCAUGGAAAAAGUUUGAAAGUGCUACAAAUGACUUUUCUGAUUCUAAUAAACUAGGACAGGGUGGAUUUGGAGCUGUUUACAGGGGUACGCUACCCAACGGACAAGAGAUUGCCGUCAAAAGGUUGUCAGCUAAUUCUAGACAAGGAGAUGCAGAAUUCAAGAAUGAGGUGCUUUUAUUGGCCAAACUUCAGCACCGAAAUUUAGUUAGACUACUUGGUUUCUGUAUCGAAGGAAGAGAAAAGCUACUUGUUUACGAAUUUGUUCCAAAUAAAAGCCUUGAUUACUUCAUAUUUGAUGAAACAAAGAGAGCGAAAUUAGAUUGGGAUACACGCUUCAAAAUCAUUGCGGGUACUGCUCGAGGUAUUCUCUACCUCCAUCAAGAUUCUCGAUUGCGCAUUAUCCAUCGUGAUCUCAAAGCAGGUAACAUUCUCUUAGACGAAGAGAUGAACCCUAAGAUAGCAGAUUUUGGCUUGGCAAGAUUAUUUGUUGUGGACCAAACUCAUGAAGAUACACAGAGAGUUGUUGGGACGUAUGGAUAUAUGGCACCUGAGUAUUUGAUUGGACAGUUUUCGCAGAAGUCAGAUGUUUUUAGCUUUGGUGUAUUGAUUCUUGAGAUUGUAAGUGGCCAGAAAAUCAGUAGCAUUCAACAUGGAGAGGAAACAGGAUAUCUAUGCCAUAUUGCAUGGCGACGUUGGAGCGAAGGAAGAGCAAGAGAUAUUGUAGAUGCUACAUUAAACAAUGGUUCAGAAAGUGAAAUAAUGAGAUGCAUCCAUAUUGGGUUGCUGUGUGUUCAAGACAAUGCAGCAGCCAGACCCACCAUGGCUUCCGUUGUAGCCAUGCUGACUAGCCAUUCUUUCGGUCUACCUCUGCAAGUACCAACGGCACCUGCAUUUUAUGGGAAUGCUAAGUCUGGAAUCUUUGCAGACAUGCAGUUAUGGGAGAUUAAUUCAGGGACAACAAGAUCAAACGAAACCACCAAUAGAUCAGAUCAAGAUUCGCUCAAUGAGGCUUCAAUUACUGAGCCAUAUCCUCACUAGAUUUUCAUCACUGCCUUAGUUUGUUUGAUUGUUCAUACAUGUUCGUUGCUUGUUGUAUAAGGUGCUGUUUAAUGUUUUUUUCUUGUUAUGUUUUGAGAGAGAAAUGUUAUUGAAUAAAAAGUUUUAAAUAUUGAUUAUAGAGCAUUAAACUAAGCACUCCCUCCUCCAUCUUAGGAAGAAAAAAACAUAAACUCCCUCUACCAUC